GACCAGCUUACUAUCGUCAGCUUUCAGUGCUUCCUCCGCGCACAUCCUCCUUACUUCCUCCAAUCGCCCUCCAUUCUACAAUGCUCUCCAAAUACUUCGCUCUUUUUGCUGCCUUCGCUACCUUCACCCCUGCAUUUGCAGCCCCCGUUCCUGAAACACUAGUCGACGUGCUUGCUUCUGUUACCAACGUUGGCAACGACGCGACCGUCAAUGUGUUGACAAAACGUGCUGAUGCAGUGAAUCCCGGACGUAAGCACGCACCAUUAUCACGACUCACCCGCUAUGCUGACCAGAAUGGCAUUUCAGUCUUCGACGAGCUGAUCAAAAGGCUUGAAUUCACGGAACGAGACAGCGGAUGUGACGUCGCUGAUGUAGACGUUAUUGUCAGCAACGUACUUAACAAUGUUACAAUCAAUAUCUUGAAGCGCACCGAGGGCUGCGAUAUUGUCGGAGUUACUGCUGCGGCCACUGAUAUAUUGAACAACCUCAAGGUCAAUAUUCUCACCAAGCGUGAAGUCACAGAUGAAGAGGUCAACAACGCUGUUGCAAACGCAGUGCAAAGUCAGGGUAUUACCUUAGCACAUCGCUCUAAUCUCGACGAUGCCACGGCUGUCAAUGACAUCCUCAAACGGUACCAGGGCGUUGCUGCACGGGGCAAGGAGAGUGACUUUACUCAAGCCCAAAUUGUCAGCGCAAUCAACCAAGCCCUAGCACAAUCGAGCGGUUCGGGAUCACGGCGCCGAGACACGAGCACUUCUGAUGUCCAAAACCUUGCCAACAAAGUUGUUGGGUCACUCUAUGGGCACCCCCAAGGCGUUGACACCGUUGGCGGUCUUUGAGAAUGAUCCAAGCAAUGCGAAGGUCAACGUUAUCAGCGGACAUUGACGUGUUUGCCUAACAAUCUAAACGACCCGGAGGUCCUCGUCGCGUAAAUAACUCGACGAUUUGCAAAGCAGUAUUUCAUACCCGAUGACGCGCGUCACACAUACCCCGCCCACCACCAUUCGUUUACCACUUCCACUCGUUAAAUCACUUAUUACCUAGCCGCGUAAUGAACUGUUUCCUCUUCCUCUCAAUCCCUAUUGUGUGAAGAAACG